AUGUUGCGCGGAAAGGGCAAGAACAGAGUGGAGAACGAGGACGUGGAGGGUGAACUGAAGCAGAGAAGACCAAAGUGUGCUAGGUGUAGAAACCAUGGCCUCAUCUCGUGGCUCAGGGGCCACAAAAGAGAGUGCCGUUAUCGCGAGUGUCUCUGUCCAAAAUGUUCCUUAAUUGCUGAGAGACAAAGAGUGAUGGCUGCUCAGGUGGCUCUAAAGAGGCAACAAGCAGCAGAGGACGCCAUUGCCCUGAAAAUGGCCAAAGUAGCCACUGGACAGAAACUUAAUCGACUUCCACAGGGGAAAAUAUUUGGCAUGGCAGUGACAGAGCCUAAGCCAGCCAUAGACACCAACAAAGAGGUGGAUCUUGUGCAGAAUGAUGAUUCAGAGACUGAAGAAUCGAAGAAGAAUAAUUCUAUGAAAGACCAGGACCAAGAUUCUCCUGUGAAUGAGAACCCACCAAAAUACAAGAGCCUGGUAUUUAACAUUCCAGAGGAGACAAAGGAGAGCAAUGUGUCUCAGACCUCGGUGGAAACUCUAGCUCGCCUCUUUCCAAAUACAAAAUUGUCUGUGCUGCAGCUUGUGUUACAAAGAUGUGGCCAAGACUUGUUGAAAGCCAUUGAGUACUUUGCCAGUGACAGUUUUGGUCUUAACUCCAGCUCCUAUGUGUCAGCUUUUAGACCUCCUAGUAGCAUUAAUGAGACCAGGCCUGAUGAACAACUCACAGGCACCAUGUUGGCUCCAAUCUACUCCAGUCUGUCCAGAAAUCUCUAUGGAGACAGUUACUGUCUAUUAAAUAUUGUACCAGACCAAUUUACAAAGAGUAUAGUAGACACAACAGCCUGUACAACGUUGCCAGUUAAGAAUAGUGGACAGCAUGAUCAAGAAGGAGUGGCUCUAAAUGUUCAAUAUAAUAAUUAUUUCAAUUCUGGUGCUCAACAGCAACUGAGGGAUCAUGUGUAUGCUCAAGUCACUGAUCAUCUUCCUCCAAGACCAGGAUUCCUUCAUUUACCACCUGUGUUGCCUGGGAUUCCUUGUGUGCAGCCUAAUUGUGCCCAGUGUAGCUACAAGUUCCCCUAA